UGUAUGUCAUAUUGUGUCAAUUGUCUGCUAAAGUCCUGCAUGGCAUCUUGAUGCCAGUAGCGGAGCUGAAUUAAAAUGCUGUUCAAUGUCAUUCACCUUUAGUAAAUGAUUUAAAGCGAGGAUAUAUUUAUAUCUAAUAUAACAUACAUUUACAUUACAAGAAGAAGAAGGCGUAGGAAUCCCCAACAAAAUGUGAUUGCGCCCAAGGAGAAACAGCCUGAAGGAAUGUUACUGUACCUUUGAGAAGACCUCCAUUGUCGAGGCUAAGAUGAUGAAGACGGAGGCCUCGGCAGAGAGGAACACCCUGAGGAGCGCGUCCCCGCACCGAAACGCCUACCGAGCUGAGUUCCAGGCUCUAAAGAAGGCAUUCGAUCAACCGAGACAGGAUGGAGACCACAAACACAAAGACCCAGAAGGGGUCCGGCUGCCUCGAGGGCGUCAGUACGGAGCCCACGUCAGUCGCAUCAAAAACAUGUUCAUGCAAAUGGGGACAGAGAACACAGAGUCAAACCGACAAGCCAGGGAAGAGACUUCCCCACAGAAACUCAACAAGCCGACAAACUUUAUCAACAGAACAGAUGGCUCAGUGGUCAAGUUCCAGCAAGGCACUGGAGACCGGACAUCUGGUGGCCAUCACAACUCAAAGUUCUCAGAAACAAGGAAACUUUUCGAGCAGAGCUCCAGAGAUGCCUCACAGUCGCCUGUGUACUCCUAUGGUCGGGAGAAAAGAGGUUCUCAUGAGCAUCUGGAUGAUUGGAGGGGAGCACGUUCAAACAGAGGCAGCACAGACUCUUUGGAUAGUCUUUGCUCCAGGACAGAGGCUUCUUCUCCCACUGUGAGUCAACUCAGCGCUGUGUUUGAAAAUAUAGACCAGCAGGGCUCCGGCGCUACCUUCAGAAGAAGCCAUGGAGGCGGACGAGGGCUGUACUCUCCAGAUGGCUUACAGAAACAUGGGGAGGCAAGUGAGGAUGACACCAGUGCACGACAGUCUCCAUCACGUGGUUUUUACAGGACGCGAGUGGGCAGCAAGCACAAUCUUCCAGUUUCUUCAUCUUCGGAAGAUCUUCUCAGUCCUAGUCCUCUAUCGGAGGCGAAAACUGAUGAGAAGAAGAGUCAGGAGAUGAUCGAGGAAUCCGGUGAACUGCAACUUAAGGAUGAGGUUAACUCAAUUAAGGCCAUAAAUGGUUCUUCGACUCCAGCUGAAGUCAAUGACGCUGCAGGACAUUCGCUUGAGGCUACCAGAGUCCACGAGGACACAGACGGUCAUGUGAAAGAGGAGUCUAGCCGGCUUACAGAGGAUCAAACUGAAGAACCCAAUGAGGAAUACUGUGGCAAUGAGAGAGUUAUUUUCAAUGCCGAUGGAGAUGCUUGCUACCAGGGCUGGGGCGAGAGCUGCACUGAACCAGAGGAUGACCUAUAUGAUGACGACCUUUCCUAUGACCCAGGAUCAGAGAUUACAGAGGUUCCUGGUCUUCCAGAGGAGGAAAAGGAGGAUAUUCCACAAAAACGGAAAAUUCGAUUCAGCUCGGCUCCCAUAAAAGUGUUCAAAACCUACUGCAAUGAAGAUUAUGACCGGAGAAAUGAAGAGGUGGACCCGGUAGCGUCAUCAGCUGAGUAUGAGCUGGAAAAACGGGUGGAGAAGCUGGAACUUCUCCCUGUGGAACUGGAAAAAGAUGAUGAUGGCCUGGGCAUCAGUAUUAUAGGAAUGGGUGUUGGUGCUGACGCAGGCCUGGAGAAGCUGGGCAUCUUCGUCAAGACUGUCAUAGAGGGAGGAGCCGCAGAGAGAGAUGGAAGAAUUAAGGUGAAUGAUCAGAUCGUCGAGGUGGACGGUACCAGUCUGGUUGGAGUAACUCAGAGUUUCGCUGCUUCUGUCCUGAGAAACACACAGGGAGUCGUCAGGUUUGUGAUUGGCCGAGAGCGUCCGGGACAGCAGAGUGAAGUGGCGCAGCUCAUCAGCCAGACAUUGGAGCAGGAGAAACGUCAGAGAGAGAUGAUGGAGCAGCAAUACGCACAGUAUGAUGCUGAUGAUGAUGAGACAGGAGAAUACGCCACCGAUGAGGAGGAGGAGGCCGGACAGACGGGAACAGACAGAGAUGUGGCCAUUGAGGUUUUCGACUUACCCGAAAACGAGGACAUCAUCUCGCCGUCGGAAAUGGAUGCCACCAAAUUGUUCCAGAAGUUCCGGGAGCUGCAGAUUAAACACACUGUCACUGAAGCCGAGAUCCAGAAACUCAAGAGCAAGCUGGCCGCAGUGGAGAAAGAAAAGGCUCGCUGGGAAAGAGAGAAGACGCAGCUCAAGCAAAGCAUUGAGGACAAUAAAGAGAGGAUGCUGAAACUAGAGAGCUACUGGAUCGAAGCUCAGACACUCUGCCACACUGUCAAUGAGCAUCUGAAGGAGGCCCAGAGUCAAUAUCAGGCCCUGGAGAAGAAGUACAACAAGGCCAAGAAGCUCAUCAAGGACUUCCAGCAGAGAGAGAUGGAGUUUGCACAGAGGGAGGACACAGAGAAGAAGAGACUGGAGGAGGCAGAAAAGGCUCAUUUGGCUGAAAUCCAGAGUCUUCAAGUGAGGAUUGCUACUCUGGAGUCAGAGCUGAUGCAACUGAUGAAGCAAAAUGGCAUCCAGGUAAACAAUAACAACAACAGUGCCGAGAGCAGAGCGCAGCUGACGGAGAGACUGACGGCCUUACAGUGUUCAAGGAGAAGUGCUGCCGGAGGAAAUCUGUGUGAGCUGACAGGAGCCAGUGAAACAGUGAGAGAUGAGAAGGGCUUGAAGUCUCAGUCCUCCAGAGCGUCUGAUGCCACAGAGGCCACGAUCAGGCACCCGCAGCCUCAUCCGGGACCUGAUAAUGAGGACACUUCAGCAAGUCGAGAUCACAAAUCUGGCAAAAAACGACUAGACUUGGGUAAAGGGAAAGAGCUGGACCCAAAAGGAUCUCCUGGUAAAAGCUCCACAGGGCCUUCAGCAGAAAACAGCCCUGAAAGAUGCAGGAGCAAGGGUCCCGGUGUGUCGGAUGAGUUCAGUUUCAGCAGUUCAAGUUCGACCGAGAUCAGUGGGGUUCUGAGUGGACGAUCGCGGACCCUCACACUCUCCUCUGAUGAGAGUGUGGAUAUGAUUGAGGAUGAGAUUGUGGACGAGGGUCUGCCAGUGAAGCCGCAGCAGUGGCAGAACCGCAGUGUGACUGAAUGGACGUGUCAACAGGUGUCCUGCUGGCUCAUGGGACUGAACUUGGAACAAUACGUGUCUCUCUUUACUGCCAAGAAUGUGGAUGGAGGGCAGCUUCUGAAGCUGGACAGCGCCGCUCUCAAGGCUCUGGGCAUUGAGUCUUCUUCAGAUCGGGCUCUCAUUAAAAAGAAGCUGAAGGAUCUGAAGGUGCUGAUGGAAAAAGCUCGGAGAAACCGAGAAAAAAUAGAGAAGCAGCGCAAGAAGGAACUGGAGCAAACUCCUAAAAACAGCAGUUCCUCCGGACCAGCAGAGGGCGCCACUGAAUGACAGCUUCGUUACAAAAACAGAUGAGUUCAGCAUUUCACAAGAGUCAGAGAUCAUCCUUAAAGGGGCUUCAUGCUACCGAGCUGCCAUCAGAUGAAUCGAAAACCAAAAUUUCCUGGAAUCGGUUAUUUCUACAGAACUCAUUACAGCAGGAUUAUCACUGCACUUUUGGUUUGGCGUCUCAUUGAUAUCUAUUUAUUUGCAUAUGGAGAAUAUGUACAGUAUAUAUGUUGAAGCAGAGCAUAUCAACUCAUCCUCGACAGUUAAUAACUGAGCACCUUUAGACGAUGUACAUAUGCAGGAAAGCGUGUCUAACGUGCCAUUUUUCUAUCCAAACCAGUUUGUUUGUUAAUGGAAGGCAGAACGUUUUUAAUGCAACGGCUUUGAUAAAGCACAGGUCAUAUUGAUGGACGAUGUUUCCGUCGACUUUCUCUUCACCUCAAAGAGUUUGAGUGCUGCUCACAAGAACCACUACAGUCCGAUUCACUGACGACAAACAAAAACUGUGAAAAGAAAGCCAUUCCGGGUCAAAGCGAAUUUACAGACUUUCACUACUGUACGGAUCUGCCAGUAUUCAAGUCAUCUACGACUUGGCGUGUUUGUUCUUCUCCCGGCGAUCUUUGGAGGAUGUGUUGGCGAUAGCAGAUGCGAUAUCAGGAGUCCGCCAUUUUGAACUCUUCUCCAAAGAUGCGAGACUUGUAAAAAAAGCUGCUUCUGUCCCAUAGCGACCUGCUUGUUGUCCUGUCCAUCGCUCUGAGGUAGAUUCUCAGUUAGACCCAAGUGCUGCCUUUUCAAGUGCUGUUUAGACUUUUACUUUGUUUUUAGGGGUUGGCGUUACUGUCUGGAUUUCGCAGAUUGUGUGAACGCACCUCUGUUUUAGUGGCUACAUCUAAAAAUGUUGUAGAGCAGAUGACAAAUGUGCACUUAAAGGAACAUUCUGCUU